UGUUCCAGGUCUGGGCGGUUAUAUCAUCAUUGCCGAGAGCGGAGGACCUGUGUCAACACAACUGCCAGUGCUAAUCUUCACUGCAGGCUACAGUAUCUGAUAUCAACAGGCCCUCGAGACACUUCCACUUCACACCGCGUGGUAGCCACGGGAGAGUGAUGGUGCUCCCGAGAAGUCCGACGAGCGGAAUUACAAUUUCUCAGCUGCCAUUCAAACACACAGAGGCUCCACAGAGAGGAGGAGACGGGGAGGACGCCUCCGUUCGUCCAUCCAUUCAUCAAUCCACUCAGUAACCGCUCUCCGCCGCCCGGACCUCCCGCGUGCCUCUACUAGUCUGUGCGGAGGCGCGAGACGACACAGCGAGCGUCGGUCGGUCGGCGUCGACGGCCGUUAACAACGGUCGCACGCGCACACCGGCGAGAGGGGGGGGGGGCUGGGAAGGAGAGAAAAGAGCCUGUCUGUCAGUGUUAUUCCCCGGCGUGGAUGUAGAGAGACAGAGGGGGAGUGAGGACCAACUCUCCUCUUCAGCCCGGACGUAUUUUACCGAGGGUCCCCCCUGGUUGCUGAUCUGAAGCUCUGGUCCUCAUAUCUGGCUGGAGUGGAAGUGAAGAGCAUCAUGACCCAGGAGGGGCAGGCUCUGCCCUCUCCCACCCCACCAGAGAACCCAGUGGAGCCCAAUGCAGCCACCACCACUGACCCGUCAACAGAGGCACACAACCAGGCAGAGCAGGACAAGCUGGGGGCCGGAUUCAAGGACGAGAUAGAGGAGGGGAAACAACAAGAAGAGAUCAGAGAGGGAGAGGAGGGAGCACUGGGGGAGACACACAGGGAAGGAGAAGGGAGGGAAGGGGUAAAAGAUGAAGGAGGAGAGGGUGAGGUGAAAGAGGAGACGGUACAUGGCACAGGUGAUGAGGAUCAGCACACAGACACAGGGGCGGAGGGAGAGAGGGAAAGGACGAGGGGGCAGGGAUGCGUAAAUGUGGAGGUAAGCUCAACGGGCAAGGAAGCAACACAUGAGGUGGAAGGGAUGAAAGGAGAGGAGGAGGGGAAGGAAAACGAAGAAAUGCAGCCGUCUACAGAAGAACCUCAACAACCUGGGCGACUGGCAAAUGGCAUAGGUGGGAAUGAAGAUGACGUUGAGGCGGGAGAAGAAGAUGAAGGAGGAGAUGAGGGGGGGACUGAGACACACUUGGACACUUUCAGCUCUAACUUUGAGACAACUGUAGAACAGGCCGACACGGAGGUGGAGGAAGAGGAGGAAGAGGUCCAGGAAGAGGGAGAUGGGAGAGAAAACCAGGACAGUUUCAGCUCAGUGUUUGAGCAGAUAGUCGAGCAGGUCGAUGUUCUGGAAGGAGAAGAGGAGGAAGAAGACAGGGAGCUGGAGGAGGAGAGGGAGAAAGGUAAAGUGGACAACAAAGAUGGUUUCAGCUCCACAUUUGAGCGCAUCGUAGAGUCGGCCUUGCUGAGGGGUGGGACCUGCUACAGCAGCCUGGACUCUCUGGAUGUGCUGUCGCUCACGGAUGAAACGGACAGCUGCGUCAGCUUUGAGGCGCCGCUGACACCGCUCAUCCAACAGAGGGCACUGUUACAGGGUCCUGAACCCCUGGAACUGGAGCUGGCAACUGUUCAGGAGCAAGAAGGGGCUGAAGCUGGACAAGAUGUUCCGGGUGGGGAUCUCACAGUUGGUGAGAGCACUGUCUGUGGAGCUGGAGCUGUGGCUGGAGGGGGAAGCCCACUGAGGACCACCAUACCAGGCAGCAGGUCAGAGUUUGUGCUGAGCCAGCCUGGGUGCUGGGCCAUCCCUAAUGGAUACCAUACGGACUCCCAGGGAGCCAGAGAAGGUUGUGGAGCCAUGAUCAACUCUGUCAGCGAUGCCAACCUCGCAGAUGUGCUGUCUGACUCAGAAGAGUGUGAUUUGGGCAGUCAGGAGCGUUUGGAGCGCGGCAGCACCGACACUCUGGCCAAUGGCUGCCGAGCCGACAGCGAGGCCGCCAAGAGGCUGGCCAAGCGCCUCUAUCACCUCGAGGGCUUCAAACGCUGCGAUGUGGCCAGACACCUGGGCAAGAAUAACGAGUUCAGCCAGUUGGUGGCAUCAGAGUACCUGAGCUUUUUUGAUUUCUCUGGCCUGUCGCUGGAUCGAGCCCUGAGAAACUUCUUGAAAGCCUUUCCACUGAUGGGGGAGACCCAGGAGAGAGAGAGGAUCCUAGUACAUUUCUCCAGACGCUUCUGCCACUGCAACCCACAGACACCCACGCUAGAAGAUGGUGCCCACACUUUAACCUGCGCACUCAUGCUGCUCAACACCGAUCUACACGGGCACAACAUUGGUAAGAAGAUGUCUUGCCAACAGUUUAUCAGUAAUCUCGAUGGUCUCAACAAUGGCAAAGACUUCCCUAAAGACUUAUUAAAGGUCUUGUAUAACUCAAUAAAGAAUGAGAAGCUUGAGUGGGCAGUUGAGGAGGAGGAGCUGAGGAAGAGUCUGUCAGAGUUAGUGGAGGAGCAGUGUGAGGGCGGUAGCAAGCGUGUGGCCAGGGUAACGGACGGCAGUAACCCUUUCAUCGCCAUUCCUAUUCUCUUAAAUGCUGUCACAUACAAACAUGGAGUGUUAACCCGCAAGAGCCACGCUGACAUGGACGGCAAACGCACCCCAAGGGGUCGCCGCGGUUGGAAGAAGUUCUAUGCGGUUCUGAAGGGGAUGAUCUUGUAUCUCCAGAAGGAUGAGUACAAGCCUGACGCCGACAUUUCCGAGGUGGACCUGAAGAACGCGGUGCGGAUCCACCAUGCUUUAGCCACGCGUGCCACCGACUACAGCAAGAGAGCCAAUGUACUGAAGCUCAAAACCUCAGACUGGAGAGUCUUUCUGCUGCAGGCACCGAGUGAGGAGGAGAUGAUGUCUUGGAUCUUCCGGAUAAACCUGGUGGCAGCUCUUUUCUCUGCUCCAGCCUUCCCUGCUGCCAUCGGCUCCAUGAAGAAAUUCUGUCGGCCCAUCCUGCCGUCUUCGUCCACCAGACUCAACCAGGAGGAGCAGCUGCUGAGUCAUGAGAGCAAGCUGAAGCAGAUGAGCCUGGAGCUGGAGGAGCACCGGAAAAACUCGCCCUCAGCAGACCCCAAAAGCCGCGAGUGGGAGGAGUUCCGACUCAAAGAGCACUACCUCACGUAUGAGAAGACUCGGUAUGAGACAUACAUUAGCCUCCUGCAGGCCAAAAUCCGGGCUGAGACGGACGACCUUGAGAAGAUCGAGGCCAGCGUGAUGGGUGGCCUGAUCAUGGAGGGUGGCCUGGCCGGCCGCGAGUGCCACCUUCGCAAGACACAGUCCUCCCCAUCCAUCAGUCAGGCUCACGGUGGGCUGAAUGGGAGGGCUGCUGGAUGCACUGCCCCAGGACAGAGAAGCUGAGCGGAGGAAGGAGGACCAGAGACCAUAGCCCACAAAACCACACCCUUCCAAGCCAAACUAGCUUAAUCCUCCAACUUCUUACGGUGUUUUUUUGUUCAUAUUUUGUGUUUUGGGCUCCUUCAUUCCUCCUGACUGUAAUUAUCCUUCCCAGAAUUUAUCAAUACUGAUGAUAAAUUUCUGUCCUCGAGCAAUAGAAAAAGAUGAUGAAGAGUCGGCACUUGAUACCCGACAAGUGACCUCGCCAGACCUCAGUUCUUUGAACUUUUAUUAUUGCACAUUAAAUUGAUCAUAACUGUGAUCACUAUUUAUAAUGUCAUCAGUAUUACUUUGAAAUGAAACUCAGAGCAAUGCAGUCGUCUUUAGUUGUAAUGUGUUUUUAGUUAUGAGCAGACCUUUGAGUAAUUAAUAAUGUAUUAUUCUAAGGCCGUGUAGAGAGCAAAGAUAGACAGACUGGUUUGCCUUUCUCCUCUCUGUCCUGUCCUCGUCCUGCAGUCCAGGUGCCAGGCAGUGAUUCUGAUGGAGAUGGUACUAUUGUAGCAUUUUGGCCUUUUUUUCCUUGCUCACUCAUGUUUACACACCCAGCCACUGGCAAGUGUGUGUAUAUGGACCUACACUAUGGGUGGAGUGUGGUGUGUGUUAAGAUUCAACAUAUCUGUCCCAGAGCUACAAAAACUCUCAAAAAGAACUUCUCAGAAGGAUCAAGUCCCUGCCAUGUAUAGCAUAUUUAUUUAUUUAUUUAAUUCUACAGACCUUUAUCCUUGCUUGCUCUUUUUCAGCAGCUUCCUCCUCAACACUCAUACAGUUACAUGAAUUUGUAUGUGCUAAGGAGCUGCCAAGUGGAACAACCAUAAUUUGAGCUGUUCACUAAGCGGAACAGGAGGUUGAGUGCCUUAGUCAGUGGCACCUUGAGGCUAGUUAUUGAGGGACUGGGAGAGUGUCAGUCAGUUGUUUGUCAGAGAUCCCAAUUCUGUUUCUGUGGUUUUUUGCCGCUACCCCAAAUACUGACAUGUAUUCAGUUAUUCUUUUUCUCUUACAACUCAAAUCCAAACUGAAGAGAACAGUAUGUUACUGAAUGAAAGCACUGUGCCAUGUUUUAUCACACGAACUACUCUUAAAUCACAAAGGAUUGCGCUGAGCAGUGCACUGAGUGAUAGAGCUGAACAAUAUAUGGUUGGGUGCGAGGUUUCUGAAGAUCGAAAUGAAGGGCAGAACAUCAAAGUGCUGGUGGGAGGCAUACAUACGUGUGUGUGUCUAUGUGUGUGUGCAUUGUCUCUCUUAACUAGGUCAAGUUGAGUUGUUGAAGCUAUAGUAAAGUAAAUACAGCAGGGUCAUGUUUUGUUUGAAGAAUUUACCGAGCAUGCUUUGUGAGAAACAGUGCAGUGACCUUCUGCUGAAUAAGACUGCCAUCACAGUAAGGUCUGGAAUUGUCAAAAAGUGUCUUCAGCCAUCAUCCUCGAGACAAACGACGUACCUUUAUCUCUUCGAACAGAAAAUCUAACCGAUCUAAUGUUCUUGUUUAUAACAUGUUACGUGGCCCAUCAAAGCUUGUUUUGGUCUUGCAUUGGAUAUUUACUACAUCCGCAUAUUAGAGUGAGGAGGAGAAAAUACUUGUUUUCUAAGAAGAGACUAGUUUGGUUUUCUGGGUGAGGCUGUCUUCAGCAUGAUCCAGUGCACAUCUCUUUCUCACGGAAGAUGGACUUGGGGUGGUGGUACCGUUGUUUAUGAGCACCUUAAAUGAUCCCAAUCAAACACACACACACACACACACACAGACACACCUUGCCUCUUUCUACGUAAUUUGCUUAUGACACAACUGUAGAUCAGUGAGCUUAGUGCCCCCUCACUCAGCCUCAGUGUGGCACAGAAGCAUGUUGACAUAACCAGAGCUGAGGAUAUCAACAAUAUCAAUUAUCAUAUCUCUUGCUCUGGACGCAGCAUUUCUACUGCUUCGUGUAUCAUAUGAACAGUGACUGAUGGGUGUCUGAGAUCCUUUUGGGACUUGGCUGGAAACCUGGAGUCACAGCUGGAAUGCUGGAACUGGAUCCUUGUACAGACCAAAUGCCGAGGUGGAGCUGAGUUUUCAGCGAGGAAGUACCAUUUUAUAAAGCUAUAUUGUUAGGAUAAAAAACUGCUUUCUUACAGACUUCCCCUCAUAGUCACUUUGGCUGUCGUGCUAACCAUUGUUUCCCAAUGUUCUAGGGUAGGCCUGUGCUGUAAUAUAGGAUUGUGACGAAAAAUAAUUGUUGAUUGUUUUGUUUUGUUUUUAAAAAAUGACAACUUCGGCACUUUGAUGUCAGCAUUGGAUCCGUCUUUGUUUGUAUAUGGGAACUUUUGUUUUUUCGACCGGAUGCUCAUACUAUGUAAAGGACAUAUUUACUGAAUAUUUAGUCUGUGCUUCAUAAAGUAAGCUUUUAUACAGGU